AUGUUGUGUUUUCGUCCAAGCGACAAGCGUGGCUCAGUUGGGUACCGCGGAACACCAGGAACUCAAAAUGGCCACUCUAACCACCAACUUGCAAACUUUCCAGUUUCAGCUACUACGGGACAACAUUCAAUUACCCGAGCUUGCCUCUCUUUAUCCUUCACUAUACGUUCACCACUUAAAAUGCUCACCCUUUUCACCCUCAGACCGCUUUCAUCGUCUCCUACACCUUGCCUCACCUCCAACUUCUUCCACUUCUCUCCUCCUUGUUCUACUUCUUUCCUCUAUAGCUUUAGACCCACCAGUCGUUUUAACUUCCCAACUUCUUGUGGAGGUUCUGGUGCUGCUGAUGAUGACAAGAUUAAAGGUGAUGCUGAAGCUGAUGGGGGGUUGCAAGGGGACAAUGCUGUUAAAGGUACCCUUUUGGCUGGGUUAUUGCUAGUUGGUGUUGUUGGUGGAUUUGCCGCUGUUGGAUAUAUUUACAAGGAUCAGCUCAAUUCUUUCUUGGACCAGUUUUCUGGGUUUAUUGAAGAUUAUGGACCAGCUGGAUAUGCUUUAUUUGUUGCAGUUUAUGCAGGACUGGAAAUCCUUGCGCUUCCAGCAAUUCUAUUAACCAUGUCGGCAGGUCUUCUUUUUGGCUCUAUUAUUGGCACCAUUAUUGUCUCUAUAAGUGGAACACUUGCUGCUAGUUUGGCCUUUCUAAUUGCUAGAUAUUUUGCUCGUGAGCGAAUUCUUAAACUGGUUGAAGGAAACAAAAAGUUUCUUGCCAUCAACAAAGCAAUUGGUGAAAAUGGAUUCAAAGUUGUUACCCUUCUUCAUUUGAGCCCUUUGCUUCCAUUUUCCCUGGUGAAUUAUUUGUACGGAUUGACGUCUGUUGAGUUUGUCCCAUAUCUCCUGGGAAGUUGGUUGGGAAUGCUUCCAGGAACAUGGGCAUAUGUGAGUGCUGGCUCAUUUGUCCGUGCAAUUAUCCAGGAAGAAUCUGAUAUUGGAUUAGCUGGAGGGAACAAUUCACUGUUGACACUUGGGCUGGGAUUGUUGGCCACGGCAUUAGCUGCAGCGUAUGUGACAAGGCUUGCUAAGGAUGCUGUACAAGAUAUUGAGUAGAAGCAAGAAAAUAGGCUUUACCAAGUUAGCAAAUGACAAUGUAACUACUGAAAUUGUAAGAUUACUGGGACCAUCAUGUAAAUCCAUUUGUAUUAUUUG